GUGAUACACAACAAGAGGAGUAGUGGUGUUGCAAAUAGAAGCUGAACUUGUACCUAGCAACGCAGGUGGAACAAUGGGAACACUGGCAACUGGAAAGUCUGUUCACAAGCGAGACCGUGGAGGAGAUGGGGGUGGUGAGGAGGAACGCAGUCGUCUACAGCCAAGCACAGACAAAGAUGAGAGGGAGGUGCAUUGGGCAAGAUUUUGGAGCAAAGGACGUGAGCGUCGGAGAGAUUGUGAAGUUCUUUGCAUUGGAGCUGCAGGGCAGGAAGCUGCAGCAGUAAAAACUAAACUAGGGGGAAUUACAGUUAGGGAAACUGCUGUACUGAAAACUGCAGCAGUGGAAACCGCAGCAGUAGAAACUGCAGCAGCGGAAACUGGAGCAGUGGAAACUGGAGCAAUGGAAACUGCAGCAAUGGAAACUGCAGCAGUGGACACUGCAGCAGUGGAAACUGCAGCAGUGGACACUGCAGCAGUGGAAACUGCAGCAGUGGAAACCGCAACAAUGGACACUGCAGCAGUGGAAACUGCAGGAGUGGAGACUGCAGCAAUGGAAACUGCGGUAGCAGCAGAUGAGCAAGCCGGGGCAGGAUGAGAGCGUCAUGGGGGCGAAGAAGACAUUGGAUGAUACAAGGACCAUCGCAGCAUGCGUCAG